GGAGAUACCUAAUUGACAAGACUUGCAUCUGUUUCAUGCUGCAUAAAUAAACACCUAACUCAAAUUUCUUCUUCUCUUCCUGCGUAGAUUUCCCAGAGAAAAAUGGCAGCAGGAAAUCACUCCACAGUGACCGAGUUCAUCCUUGCUGGGCUAACAGACAAACCAGAGCUCCAGCUGCCCCUCUUUCUUUUCUUCCUAGGAGCCUAUGUGGUCACAGUGGUGGGGAACCUGGGCAUGAUUACACUGAUUGGGCUCAGUUCUCACCUGCACACUCCCAUGUACUAUUUCCUCAGCAGUUUGUCCUUCAUUGAUCUCUGCUAUUCCACUGUCAUUACCCCCAAAAUGCUGGUGAACUUUGUGACCGAGAAGAACAGCAUCUCCUACCCUGAAUGCCUGACUCAGCUCUACUUCUUCAUUUUUUUUAUUGUAUCAGAAUGUCAUAUGUUAGGUGUUAUGGCUUAUGAUCCUUAUGUUGCCAUCUGUAAUCCAUUGCUUUACAGAGUCACCAUGUCUUAUCAGGUCUGCUCCCAGUUGGUAGUUGAGGUAUACAUGAUGGGCUUGAUUAGUGCCACAGCUCACACAGGUUGCAUGCUAAGAGUGGUUUUCUGCAAGGCUAAAAUAAUCAACCAUUACUUCUGUGAUGUUCUCCCACUACUGGAGCUCUCCUGCUCCAGCACUUAUAUCAAUGUAGUGGUACUUUUGUGCUUCAGUGCGUUUAAUACUCUUGCACCGACCUUGACUGUCCUUGGCUCCUAUGCCUCCAUCAUUGCCAGCAUCCUGCAAAUUAGCUCCACUGAAGGCAGGUCCAAAGCCUUCAGGACAGGUAGCUCCCACAUUUUGGCUGUUACGAUCUUCUAUGGUUCUGUAGCAUUCAUGUACCUGCAGCCAUCAAAUGUCAGCUCCAUGGACCAAAGCAAAGUGUCUUCUCUGUUUUACACCAUUAUUGUGCCAAUGCUGAACCCCCUGAUCUACAGCCUGAGGAAUAAGGAUGUCAAAGUCACUCUCAACAAAAUCAUUGAGAAAAGGCUGUUUUGCAUUAACAAAGGUUUAUAAAUCUUGGUAAAUAUUCAGUAUGAAAGAAACCCAGACACUGCAACAUAGAUACAGAAAUAGUGACAUUAUUGCCAUCACUUGAUUAUUUGGAAGGCAGUUCCCAAGGAUAAGACUGGAUUCAUAGUGUCAUAUGGACAGCUGUCUGUCACAUGGCAGGCAAUGUCAAUUCUAGGAAGGCCCGGAUGUCACCCCUAGUAAUCCAUAUUACCUCUAAUCCUUUUUUUUUUUUUUUAAUCUUCAAAGGCCUUCAUGUGGGGAGGCUAUAAUUUACGUACAUGGGAUUUGGCACUUUGGUAAGGCUUAGCUAUCAUAAUUCAUAGAAUGAUCUCUUUGGUCUAUAUCCUUUGAUUUUCUGAAUAGCUUGUGUUUUGGCCCUUGUUUCUAAUAAGUGUACGAAUAAAAUUUUCAGGAAAAAAUUGAUCUCCAAGGUAAAUAAUUCUUAACCAUUUCAAAUCUACAAAGUUCAUUACCUACUAAUGACUAAGUGCAGAAAACUGUGUUAUGAAAUAUGGGGGUAGACAGGUCUAAAUAGUUGACCUGAGUGACAGGUGAGGAAAAGCUGCAUCCUGAAGCAGCAACAGCCUCUGAAACUGGCAUCUGGUGCCACAGCCUUGAGCCCUCGGAGUUCCCUAGUGCCGAGUGGCAGGUCUGAUUGCGGCUUGCUGCAGUGGGGCACGCACGGGACACAGCCCUAACCCCUAGCCCCCUGGGGUAACCUCGGCAGAGACUCAGCCAGCACAAGCAGGCUGCACACUGACGGGGCUAACGAGAGAACAACCAAUCAUGGGGAAGCAGCAACUGUUUUCGGAGAAGGAUAUGACUUCCAUUAAGAAGCUCAAUAGAGAUACGGAAGACCUAAUUUGCUACAAUGAACCAACUUGACCUCAUAGACUUACACAGAACACUCCACCCAACAGCUGCAAAGUAUACUUUUUUUUCUAGUGCACAUGGAACAUUCUGUAGAAUAGAUCACAUAUUAGGUCAUAAAACAAACCUUUGCAGAAUCCAAAACAUCGAAAUAUUACAAAGCAUCUUCUCAGACCACAAGGCCAUAAAAGUGGAAAUCAAUAACAGAAAAAUCGGGGAAUAGAAAUCAAAUACUUGGAAACUGAACAAUACCCUGCUGAAAAAAGACUGAGUUAUAGAAGUCAUUAAAGAGGGAAUAAAGAAAUUCAUAGAAUGCAAUGAGAAUGCAAACACUUCCUAUCAAAACCUCUGGGACACAGCAAAAGCAGUGCUCAGAGGUCAAUUUAUAUCGAUAAAUGCAUGCAUACAUAAAGAAGAAAGCCAAAAUCAGAGAACUGUCCCUACAACUUCAACAAAUAGAAAGCGAGCAACAAAAGAAUCCAUUAGGCACCAGAAGAAAACACAUAAUAAGAGUUGGAGCUGAGCUAAAUGAAUUAGAGAACAGAAAAAAAUUGAAAGAAUUAAUAAAGCCAAAAGUUGCUUCUUUGAAAAAAUUAACAAAAUUGAUAAACCAUUGGCCAGACUGACUAAAGAAAUAUGGGAAAGGAAACAAAUAACCUGAAUAAGAAACGAUAUGGGCCAUAUCAUAACAGACCCAAGUGAAAUCAAAAGAAUCAUAUCAGAUUAUUACAAAAAAUUGUACUCUAACAAAUUUGUAAACCUAGAAGAAAUGGAUGAAUUCCUAGAAAAACACUACCUACCUAAACUAACACAAUCAGAAGUAGAACAACUAAAUAGACCCAUAACAAAAAAAGAGUUUGAAAAGGUAAUCCAAAAACUCCCAACAACAACAACAACAAAAAGCCCUGGCCCUGAUGGCUUCACUUCAGAGUUCUACCAAACUUUCAGAAAAGCGUUAACACCACUACUACUAAAGGUAUUUCAGAGCAUAGAAAAGGAUGGAACACUACCAAACUCAUUCUAUGAUGCCAGCAUAUCCCUGAUACCAAAACCGAGUAAAGACACCACAAAAAAAGAAAAUUACAGACCUAUAUCCCUCAUGAACAUAGAUGCAAAAAUCCUCAACAAAAUUCUAGCCCAUAGAAUUCAACAACAUAUCAAAAAAAAGAAAAAAGAAAUAUGGAAGCAGAUGAUAGAUAAUAAGACAUAAUUCCUGCCAACAAGAUGGUAACUCUAUGAUGGAAGAGAUUGAUAGACUAAUCAGGGCUGAAUACAUUAUGUGUAUUUUUACUUGUUUUUAUACAACAUGCUUUUCUACACAGUUUUAGUAUUUUACUGCCACCUCCAUUUCCCUGAGAUUCCUGUAUUCUUUUUCCCGUUUCUAAAAUAUUUUUCUUUUUGUCCAUAUUAUAGAAUCAGACAUGUAGAAAUGACAUUUUUUGACUGUGCAUUGAAAUCAUAUGAAUAAGUUAUUCAUGUUUAGUGGCUUCAAACCCCUGACCUUUCU